GUUCACGGACCACAAUUCAAACGUCUUCGCAACACCUCCACGACGCUCUCUACCUGAUCCUCCUAGUGCCAAACGACACCGUUUUCUCAGUCCGUCACGGUCCAAAUCUCCGAUCGAAAUCAACUCAGCAGCGAAAUAGGAAGCGAAAAUGGCGGCCGUCGACGUUCCACUGGACGACAAGGCCAAGCGAAUGAGAGAUCUACUCUCGAGCUUCUAUUCCCCGGAUCCUUCCAUGUCCUCCUCCCCCGAUACGACGUUGUCUUCCUCCAAACGCACCACCCUCGACGCCAUCAACUCCCCCUCCUUCGAUCCCGACCAGUACAUGAAUCUCCUGGUGGAAAAGUCGAAUUUAGAAGGGCUUUUGCAGCGGCACGUAGAAAUGUCAGCGGAGAUAAAGAAUCUCGACACUGACUUGCAAAUGUUAGUCUAUGAGAAUUAUAACAAGUUUAUUAGUGCGACGGAUACGAUCAAGAGGAUGAAAAGCAAUAUCGUAGGCAUGGAGUCGAAUAUGGAACAGCUCCUUGAUAAGAUAAUGUCUGUGCAAUCUAGAAGUGAUGGAGUGAACACUUCACUUUUUGAAAAGAGAGAACACGUAGAGAAAUUGCAUCGCACCCGUAAUCUCCUUCGUAAAGUUCAGUUCAUUUAUGAUCUACCCGCUAGACUUGGAAAGUGUAUCAAAUCAGAGGCCUAUGCUGAUGCAGUCAGGUUCUACACUGGAGCUACGCCAAUUUUUAAGGCAUAUGGAGAUUCAUCGUUCCAGGAUUGUAAACAAGCAUCUGAAGAAGCAAUAGCGACAAUUAUAAAGAACUUGGAGGGAAAGCUAUUCUCAGAUUCUGAAUCCAUACAAGCAAGAGCUGAGGCUGCAGUGCUUCUUAAGCAGUUGGAUUUUCCGGUGGAAAGCUUAAAGGCUAGACUACUGGAAAAGUUGGCACAAUCUCUUGCAGAACUUCAGCUUAAGACUGAAGAAUUAAGCAUUGCUUCAGUAGAUUCUUCUAAAGAAGGAAGCAUUCCUGGGACAGCUCCUGCUGCUGCUCAUGAGGCUUCUGUUCGUGAGUUUGUGGAGGCUGUUCGUGCUUACCGAGUAAUAUUUCCUGAUUCAGAAAACCAGCUAGUUAAACUUGCACAAGACGUGGUUACCAAGCACUUUGAAAUGACUGAGGAAUAUGUAAAGAAACAGAUUUGUUCUGCUGAGCUAUUGCAUGUUCUUCGAAUUAUUUGGACAGAUGUACUCCUGAUGGAUGAAGUGUUACAUGAGGCUGCUCUCCCUGAUUAUUCUUUGGAGGCUGCCAAGGUUGCUCUCAGGCAGUAUGUUGCCAGCACAUUUUCUCAUCUUCUACAUAAUAUCUCAGGUUCCCUUACAAAAGUCCAUGUGAGACAAAAGGAUGGAGCAGAAGUGUAUUCCUUGCAGAUUGCCCUGGAGGCCAGCAAAAAAGCAGUGCUUCAAGGCAGCAUGGAUGUCUUACUGGACUUCCGCCAAAUUCUUGAAGACAACUUGGAUCUACUAGUUCAACUGAAAGACUUUAUUAUUGAUUUUGUCCAAGAAGGAUUUCAAGAUUUCUUCAGGGCGCUUGAUGAUCACUUCCUUUUGCUUUCAGGAAAAAAGAAUUCAGCCAGUCUAGGUCAAGGUUUUGCAGAGGGAACACAAGUAGACAAAGCUUUUGCCGGCCUUGUCCUGGUGCUGGCUCAACUUUCUGUUUUCAUCGAACAAACUGCCAUUCCGAGAAUCACUGAGGAAAUAGCAGCUUCUUUUUCUGGUGGAGGUGCUAGAGGCUACGAAUAUGGGCCUCCCUUUGUUCCUGGGGAAAUUUGUCGAAUUUUUCGUUCAGCUGGAGAGAAGUUUCUGCACCUUUAUAUAAAUAUGCGAACUCAGAGGAUAUCACUUCUCCUGAAGAAGAGGUUUACAACACCAAAUUGGGUCAAGCAUAAGGAGCCCAGAGAAGUUCAUAUGUUUGUUGAUUUAUUUCUCCAAGAGCUCGAAGCAAUAGAAGGUGAAGUAAAGCAGAUUUUGCCUCAAGGGCUGCGAAGGCAUCGUCGCAAUGACAGCAAUGGAAGUACUACCUCAUCAAGGAGCAAUCCAUUACGAGAGGAAAGGCUGAGUCGGUCCAAUACCCAAAGGGCCAGGAGCCAGCUCUUGGAAACUCAUCUAGCAAAAUUGUUUAAGCAAAAAGUUGAAAUUUUCACAAAAGUUGAAUACACACAGGAGUCAGUGGUAACAACAGUAGUUAAAUUGUGCCUUAAAAGUUUCCAAGAAUUCGUCCGACUCCAGACUUUCAAUCGGAGUGGAUUCCAGCAAAUACAGUUAGAUAUUCAGUUCCUAAGGACUUCUUUAAAGGAAACUGUUGAAGAUGAAGCCGCCAUUGACUUUCUGCUUGAUGAGGUGAUUGUUGCUGCUUCAGAGCGUUGCCUGGAUCCAAAUCCUUUGGAACCCCCCAUUUUGGACAAACUUAUACAGGCAAAAUUGGCAAAAAACAGGGAUCAGAGUCCAAUCGCUCCAUAAACAUCUGAUGGUGGUGAGAUCGGUGAUCACAAUGACCUUUAAUUCUUGGUCUCUCAGACUCUUCCUUAUUUGAAUUCCUGCACUAGGGUUUUCUAAAUAUGCUUUGUUGGUCAAAGUAUCAAAUGUAUAUCUGAGAAAAUGAACGAUUCUAUGUAGCUUCUACCGACAUCCUUGUGUUUCUGUGGGGCCGGGGGCCAAUUGAGUUCAUCUUCGAGGCCCAUGAUGCUCUCUAAUUGUAUUUGCCUUGGCCGUUGGCGGUGUAAUAAUUUACUACUGUAUGAAGAGUACGGGAAUUUUUCACCCAUCGAUAACUUGAUAGCCCUUGGUUUUGUAUAUUUGAUAAUAUAUUACUGUGAUAUUCAUGAUAUGACAGCUUCUUUUUCUUUUCUUUCUUUCA